AGUAAAUCUUUCCUUUUUCAAUUUUUUUUUCUUCUAUCUUUAUAUUGAACGGUUGCUGUUUGCAAUAAUAAAGGCGUUAUCAAACAUUGCGCUUUUUUGGUUUAUUGCUCGUCUUCUUCAAUCACCAGAAAGAGAAACGAUCCUCACCUUACUCUCUUCCCCUCCAACAUUAAUAAAGGAGAUUCUUUUUUUAAAUUGGGACUCCGUGUAAGUAUUCUUCUUUGCUUCGAGUCUUUUCCUUCCGGUUUCAGAGCUGACAGCGUGCGUUAAGAACCAGCAAAAAUCGUCUCUCAUUGACUACGUGCGCUGCUUUUCUGAUCCCCCAGUUUCUCAGCAUGGUCUUCCUUUUCAUGUGACCUUAAUUGUUUCUCUCCCUCCUUCUCGGUGAUUCACAUAAUUCUGUGUUUUUGUUUUCGCUCUCCAAAAGUAACUCUACCUCAUUUCAAUCGUCUGUUUGCUUGUUGCUUGUCUUUGAAGCCAUUUUUCCCGUUUCCUGUGUUGCUGCUUGCGUUUCCGUACCCCCUUCCUUUUUUUUUCUUUUAAAGGUUGCUCUUCCUCCAAUCUCUUGUGAUUGGUUUCUUAUACACUUUCCAACGAGGCUACACCAAAAACUAAGAGGAAAAGAGGUCGGCAAUACGAUUCCGGAGGUUCUUCAUUUCGGGUCUCCGUUCACCACUUCAUAUUACUGUGCACCAACUCGUUUUUGUUUUGUGUGUUUUGUAUCCUGUCGUUUACGCUUCCGCGUUUUCUUCGGUGGCGGUUUUUCUUUUGCUACUUUUUUGAAUGCCGCACCACAACAGCGCCAGCCGUACGCCUGAAUCCCACGGAAAGGACCGACAGUCGUCUUUGACUGGCACACCCACACAAUCUUUCCCGUCUCAGCGCGUACGGGUUUCCCCCUCAACCGGUAGUCUCGCUGGCGCGGAGGACGGACAGGCGGAAGAGCACGUUCUCCUCCCCGAAGCCCAUCAGCACGGCGGCGCGAAGGACAGCUGCUCGCACGACCGCGGCUUCCCUGCCCAACCAUCAAAGCGCAGCAGCGGCGCGAGCCCCACCGCCUUCCCCGCCAUUGCGGCCCAGCAGCGACGUGGCACCACACGCACCUCCCCCCGGUCCUGCCACCACCGCGCACCACGAGUCCCGUAGCGCAUCACAGAAGCUCCCGCGGCAGCGUGGUGUGAGCAGGUCCUCGGUCACUGGCACGCCACCGCGAAGUACGGAAACCGCACCCCUUGCACGCGACUCCCCGGCAACGACGAUUGCGGGUGAGCGCGAUCUUGAAGGCGGCACGCAGCGCACGCAGAAAGGUCGUCGCACUCCGCCCCCGAGCACGCCACGCACGGCACCUCCGCCUGCGCCGGCACCCACCGCGCGCGACUCCUCCCCGGUCCCAAUCGCCACACCACCGCCGGUCAAUUUCUCUCCUCCCUCAUCCUCUCCCACAGUGCAGCGCUCAUCACCGUGUCUGCAAGUGCUGUCGUUGCCAGCGCCACAGAUUACCCUUCAACGCACCGGAUCCCGCACUCAACCUUUUCUUGGCACCAGCCUUGCCGGCAGCCCGACGAGCACGCCGCGGACACACACGUUGCAAUCCACUGAGCCGACAUCCCCGUCUUCGUGCACCCCACCGCAGCGCAUCUCCGCCGUGCUGACUCGCAGCCCAAGCUGCCGCCAGACGUCUGUUCCGCACCUGUCGACUCACUCCUGCGGCUCAUCGCAGAACUCAAUUUCUGCCGCAGCGUCGAUUCCUUUUCGCCUUGUUGCCGACCGUCGCGACGGGGACAACACCGCCGCUGCCCUCACGAGUGCGUCGACAGAGGUGGAGAAGGAUCUGCUGGUGGAAGAGAUCGUCGAGGACCCGCACAGGAUGGGACAGAGUCACGACAAGGAAGAGAAGACGCGCCCGCCACGUGUGGCGUCGAACUCGCGGGCGUCGCAAGAGGAGAGCGGCAGCCGGCCACAACGGGGAGAUCGCCGCCCGGAGCAGACACCGCCGCCAGCACACGCCUCUCCUCUCCGUGGUAGGGAGGCGCGGCGCACGCCCUCCGCCUCUCCCAAUGAAAAGCCGAUGCCAGACAAGUCGGUGUCGCCGAGCGGAGCAGAAAUCGAUGACGCUCACUGGGUGUUCCAACGCCCGCCGAACAAUCAGCGCACGUUCUACUUCAAGGAGGACAAUUUGGAAUUCUCGUCGCAGUUCGACAGCGGCAAUUUAAUCCAAGUGGAGCGCGUAGGGCCGCUGCAGUACCGCAUGUACACCGCCAUGGACUGCGGCAACGCGCCGUGGCAGACGAACAACCGGCAAUGGUUUCACUUCUCCCUGCGCGGCGGCAGCAGAGGCGCCGUCGUCACCUUCACCUUCGUGGGUAUGAUGCACAGCAACAUGUUCAACUUCGACUGGAUGCCCGUGGCAGCCGUGACGCCGAGUCGCCCAGAGUACGCGCGGCUGCCCGGCAAGGCGAAGGUGGAGCCGUUGGAGAACAUGCCCGAAACGCCUGAGUACCCGCUGCUGGCCUACAACGCAGUCGCCAGGGGCGACGCCGACAGCGACGGCGACAACAACGAAGACGACAAUGACGGCGAUGCUGCGGCGGGCAGUAAUGGGGACAGCGGUAGCCCGAACGGGUGUGGCGCUGGGAUCGGCGGCGUGGCCUUCUCCAUCUCCACCACCAGCAAAGCCGGCGCCGCCGGCAAGAGGAAGAAGGCCACCAAAAAGAAAAAGCCCAUCGCCAUGAAUCUCACCUUCGACUACAAAAUCGAGGCGGAGGUGCCGGUGACGCAUACGCCGCCCAGAGGCCGCCCGGAUGUGGUGUCGAUCUACAUCGCGAGCAAUCACCCCUACUCCUACACUCACCUGCAGCGCAAUCUGCUGGCGUGGCAGGAGGUGGCGCGCAGGAGCAACGCGACCCGGUCGCUGAGCGUCCAGGCGGCGGCCAACGCAUUGGCGCCGACCCACUCGCAGUCCGCCGAGCCCGCCGCCGAAGCCCGCGCGGCAGUGACGCCGACUACGACGACACGACCGGGCGAAAGCAACGGUGCCGAGAAGGGCUCCAAAAGCACACUGGAGGCCACCUCCUUCACGAACAUCUAUUUCCACCGCGAGGUGCUUUGCAAAACACUCGAGGGCCACGAUGUGACGCUCUUGACGAUCAGUGACCGCAGCCGCAUGACGAUGGAGCGUGCGCCUCUCAUUUCCGAGAAGGACGGCAUCCCGCACUCCGCCACCAACCGCACAGCGGAGCGACCGUUUGCGUUCACCGGCAAGAAGUACGUCGUCCUCACCGCCCGCGUCCACCCUGGCGAGUGCCCCGGCAGCCACCUCAUUCACGGCUGCAUUGACUUCCUGGUGCAUCGCACCGACCCCCGUGCGGCGGCGCUGCGACACAACUUCGUCUUCUACGUGGUGCCGAUGCUGAACCCCGACGGCGUCGUUCGUGGCCACAGCCGCGUCGACGCAAACGGCGUAGAUUUGAACCGCAUGUAUCGGGCCCCCUCCCGCAAGCGCCACCCCGCGCCGUAUUCCGUCAUGGCACUGCUGCGGUCGCUUGGCGAUCGCGUGGCGCUCUUCGUGGACAUGCACGCCCACGCCAACAAACGCGGCACAUUUUUCUACGGCAACAGCAUGGACGGUGCGGCGCAGGUGGAGAACCUGCUCUACGCGAAGCUCGUCUCACUCAACACGCCGUACCUGGACUUCCGCAGCUGCAAUUUCUCCGAGGCGAACAUGUUCGCGGUGGGGAGGUCCGGCAAGGGAAAAGACUCGUCGAGCCGCGUCGUGGUGUACACGGAGGCUGGCGUAGUGCACGGCUACACCAUCGAGACAUCCCACGUGAUGGCCGAGACACUCAACCCCAUCGUGACGCUUGUUAACGCGCAGGCUGAGGAGUUGGAGAAGGUGCUACCGGCGCCGCUGCAGCUCGCCCACACCCCCGCAACCUUCGGCGACACUGGACGAGCCAUGUUAGUGGCACUGCUCGAUCUGAAGAGCAUCAACCCUCUCAGCCGACUCCCGCAAACGCCGUAUCACUCGACUCGCGGGGUGUCGAUGUGGCUGCAACGGCAGCUGCAAAUUGAAACGGCAGAGAUGCUCUUUGCGCAGGCCUUCAAGUCACACGGCAAGGACGUGCAGGCGGCAGGUCACGAAGCUAGCAACAACCUUCUUGGGCCCAUCAUGCGCAGCUUAAACGGAGACGAGUACCCGGAGAAGAUCACCAUCAAGAAGGCACGUCUGCUCCCACGCACCACCUUCAGCGGCGUGCGAGAUUUUUUGCCGAUGGAGGCGGCGGUGGCGCUGCUCGCUCAAACUGCCCCCACCGGGCCACCACGUUCGUUGCUGUAUUCCAACGGCGCGAAUGGUGGCGGUGGUCUCGGACGCCGUCGUGGCGGGUCUCCGGCCACCGGCACCAUCAACGGCGUUGCGGCUUCAUCGCCUCCCGUGGUGGAGCUGCCGGCGGUGAUUGCGACAAAGCGGCGAUCUCGCCCAAAUGCUUCGGGGACGGAUAUGACGGUGAAAUCGUAA